CACUGUAGAAACGGAACGAAGAAGACACGGGCGAAAAAUACAGAUACUUUUCGGGGAGGAGAUACUUCUUCGUAUUCGUGCGUGCUUUCGUCGAGUGAAAUUGCACAAAUUGACGGAAUUGCACACUAUCGAGCGGACAAUCCGUUGAGUGCCAUCGCAGAUCGAAAAGUGCAAUUACUGAGAGCGUGUGUGCGAUUUAGUGAGUGUGUGUUAGUGUCACCUAAACCACAAAAAAGAGAUAACGGAGAAAAAAAGCAAAAUACUGUGAAAGCAAACUACAAAAUAUGCUUAAACUACGGUUUAGCCAAACUGCCAACUAGCCAAAAGUAACCAGCACAUCGAAAAUAGCCAACAGCAGCAAAUCAAGCAAGAGAAAAAGCAACCAGUACAAAAUAAAAACCCCUCCCACCCGAAACAGAUAAUGGGUCAUCACUUCAGCAAGCCGACUGUACGCAAGGAUAAAAGUGAUCUACCCCCAAGUGCGAUCCCCCGGGAAUCCCCCGCAGCAAUAGUAGAGACAAUCAGCCUGGUCGAGGAGCAGUUGCAGGUGGAAGAGAUCCUCGCGGAGGCCACAACCACCACAACCACCGCAGCCAGCACAUUGCCAACGGAAGUGCGACAGAUAAUAAUUAAAAUUCAACUGGCCAAAAUGGAGAACGGCAACGCGAUUGUUGGCCAGGUGGAAAGUCUGGAGGAGAGGAGGCAGGAGGAGGAGGAGGUGGAGGUGGAGCGAUUGGAGGGUGCGAACGCCUCGUUGUCUGCGGACACGCUAAAUGCAAAUGGCCAGAUUGUGAAUGUGACGCUCGAGGGCGGCAAUGGGGAAGUGGGCGUGGUGACAAAUCGAACUGCUGGCAGUUCAACGGAAGCGCCAAAAACCGAAAGACAUACCGUGAAUAACAACAAUUUAGCGGGAAGCGUCGGCGCUGCGAUAAGUACGUUACAAUUGCACGACGGUAACAGCAACACCAACAGCAAUAGCAACAGCAACAGCAACAGCAACAGCAACAGCAACCCGAGUCCCAGCAGCAACAUCAAGUCCAACAGCAACAUCAGGCCUGGUAGUUAUACCAACUACCCCGCAAACGAAGAAGACGACGACGAAGUGGAUGAGUCGCUGCUGCGUUGGCGUCGCAGUAACAGCAACAGCAGCAGAGGCAGCAACAGCAACCGCAACAGCACCAGCAACAACAUCCAGAGCCACGAGGCCGAAGUCGUCGAGUAUUGCGAGGUGCUCGAGUCGCUGCCAGUCAGCAAUAUGUUGUCGGCGGGAACGCAACACACCAGCAAGCAAGUUUCCAGAAGCAAUAACAGCAACAGUUGCUGCCGCAGUCGCAGCAGUAAGACAUUAUCCAUGGGCGCGUCAAUAUCCUCGUACGCAGGACUCACCUCCACAUCCUCCAAAAGGCGCUGCUGCAAGUGCAAGUGCCGCGAUGCCUUCCGCGGGUUGAGGGACAUGCUGCCCACAUCCAGCAGCAGUUCGUCGAGCAACAAAAAGGAUUCCAAUGCGUCGACGGCAUCGGUUCCCCGGAAAUCCCGGACAGCGGAUCGCCGCUCCACGCCGCCCACUUUGGGUUCGGCGAGUGGGAGUGGCCAGCAUCGAGCGCAGGGCCAAAGGAAGCGCAAUUCGGUGGCCGUUCCGGAUGCGAGUCACCACCAGGUGGUCAUCAGGAUUACGUCGCCGGGAUUCGUCGUGGAAUCGCCCAGUGGCCGGUUCACUGUGGUCGCCGAAUCAUCCGCCGCUGUCGCUCCCCAACCGCCCCAGGCUCCCUCCCAGCCACGCCCCCUUUCGGUAGCCGCCUCCGCCGGAGUUCACGGAGGUCGCAACGUGACCGUUCACUCGCAAAUCGACUUCAUGCACUGCCUAGUUCCCGAUCUCGAGAAGAUCACGAAUAGCACAUUCUACUGGGGCAAAAUGGACCGCUACGAGGCGGAGCAUCUGCUCGAGGGCAAGCCGGAGGGCACCUUCCUGCUCCGCGACUCCGCCCAGGAGGAGUUCCUCUUCUCAGUCACAUUCCGGAAGUACGGCAGAUCCCUGCACGCCCGCAUCGAGCAGAGCGGUCACAAGUUCAGCUUCGACUGCCACGAUCCAUCGGUGUUCACCGCACCCACGGUGACGGGACUGCUGGAGCACUACAAGGACCCCGCCUGCGUGAUGUUCUUCGAGCCCUGCCUGAUGAUGCCCCUCCACCGGCGGCAGACCUUCUCCCUGCAGCAGCUGGCCAGAGCUACGAUCGUAUCGAACACCAGCUACGAUGGGAUCAACCAGCUGGAGCUGCCGGGGCGGCUGAAGAGCUACCUCAAGGAGUACCACUACAAGAAGAAGCUGCGCGUGAAGCCCAUCGACCAGAACACCCCGGUGCAGCUGUACGGCGAUGCAUAGCGGGAGGAGCAGCAGGUGGGCUUCACCUACUACGAGGACGUGGAGGAGAGCGGCAGCGAGGAGGACGAGGACGACGAGGCGGUGAACAUCCGGGUGUCCUACGUCCAGCAUGCCG